AUGGCCGGCACAUGGCAGAUCCAAACAACAAUUGCAAAGGAAAAUCGGAUUGCGCUGUCGUUUUUAGCCCAAGCCAAAAGCUCCACCUCCAUAGUCGACCAACUCCAAGAACGUGCCUGCCCAGGCAUUCAUGUAUUUGGUGCACGUGAGACGACAGUUUCUCCUGGUUACGGCUCCGCAGGCACAGUCGUAAACUUGAUUUUGAACUCCCACUCCGGCUCAACGUCCGAAGCAAUCAACUACCCAGCUUGCGGGGGGCAGAGCUCAUGUGGUUCGGUCAGCUAUGCGAACUCGGUAAUUCAGGGUAUCUAUGCCGUCGCCAGUCAGGUCAAUAGCUUCAACGCACAGUGCCCAAGCACACAGCUUGUAUUGGUUGGUUAUUCGCAGGGUGGCCAAAUAUUUGACGACGCAUUUUGCGGAGGUGGAGAUACGAAUGAGGGCUAUACUAACACUGCUGUUCCUCUCUCCGCAUCGGCGGUAAAGAUGAUCAAGGCAGCAAUUUUCAUGGGAGAUCCGCGCUACAUUUAUGGCCUCUCCUACGAUGUUGGCACUUGUACUGCUCAUGGAUUCGCUCCCCGUCCAGCAGGGUUCUCUUGCCCAUCUGCUAGCAAAAUCAAAUCAUACUGUGACGCCUCAGAUCCCUAUUGUUGUAAUGGCAGUAAUGCCGCAACACACCAGGGAUACGGAGCCGAGUAUGGACAACAAGCUUUGGCUUUCGUUAAUAGCAAGUUGAGUUGA